AUGGAAAUGACCACGUCCGUCCACGUAGUGUACGAUCCCGGCUUUGUGGCUAGAGGCGGGGGUGGAGAGGUGGACCCCGGGAAACGAGACCGCGUGCCUCGCAAAAUUGAGGAAAUCAAGGACUUUCUACUCACAGCCAGGCGAAAGGAUGCCAAAUCUGUCAAGAUCAAGAAAAACAAGGACAACGUGAAGUUUAAGGUUCGGUGCAGCAGAUACCUCUACACCUUGGUCAUCACCGACAAGGAGAAGGCCGAGAAGCUGAAGCAGUCCCUGCCCCCAGGUUUGGCAGUGAAGGAGCUGAAAUGA